AUGAAGCUUCAUUCUGCAUUAUGUUCCGGCGCGGUUGGAACAUCAAGGUUUUAUCGUUCGGAACUGCCAGCGCUUUAUAAAAGGCUUAUUCUGGAUGCUAGAGCAUUGGGACAACAACCGGAAAAAGGUCUUUGGUUUCAUGUAAAAACUUACUAUCCAGUUAGCUAUGCGGAGGAUAUGCUAACUGGAAGUCUUCCGAGACGUUUCUUCAAACUUCAAGCAUUUCCAUACUACAACGAAAAAAUACGAUCAAAAGAGUGGUUUGUUCGUGCUUAUAUUCAACCAGGAUUGCCGAUCCCUACUUCUCCUCCUGGCUUUCCUCCAAACGAAGCACAGGAAGCAGCUAACCAAGACAAUCAAACACUCCCCCAAGCCUACUUUGCGAGAGAUGAAAAUUCGGACCCAACGACUUUUGUGAAAAGAGUCAUUCCCGCUCGUGCUCCUUUGGAAGUUUCCGACGACUUUUCUGGAAUAGGUUCUUGGUAUCUUGCGGAUAGCCAGCAAGUACAGGAUUUCGAAAACCAAAAAGCUCUUUUGACCCAGUUUCGAAUGAGGGCAUAUCCUAAAUCCCUUCUAUUACAAUAUGUUCCUAACGAAGCUACAAGCGAAGAUCUUUACAAAUAUUUGCGACGACAAGGUCCUAUAGAUGGAGUUAUACAAAUGAACAAGGAAGCGUUGCCAGCAUCACCAAAUUCUUUUCAGAGCAAGGAGUUGCUACGCUUGACGCCCACGAACGAUUGGCUUAUUAUUACCCCGAAACCCAAUUUAUUUUUGCGUCUCCUGCAUAGAAAUUCUUGGGAAUCAAUAAAAAGACUCGCGUCUCUCUCACAAAAAUCUCCUGAAGAGCGUCUGAAAGCUCGAGGAAUAUCUGGGGCGCCGUUUCAAGAUCCUUCUGACUCUACAGCUCAUAAUUCGCUGUUAUUGUUUGCAAGCAAUUUCUUCAAUACUACAAUUGAAAAUGCAAAACUAUCCUCAAAAUUACCACGAAAGAAAAAUACUGCUUAA